GGCCGAGAGAGAGAGAGAGAGAGAGACGCGCACGGAGAGACUGUUUGACUCAGCGGGGUGGAGAAGUACACUUCUACUAAGAGCGCAUCCACAAAGCAAACUAAUCAAAGGAAACUAAAGUGUCUCGGAUACGGCAAUGUGAGCGAAAUGGCCGAGACGAGUUCAGAUUGGGUGGAGAUCCUUGAGCCGCGCUCCCGGGAGCACAUGUACGUGAACCUGGUGACUGGGGAGUGCGGCUGGGAACCUCCUGCCAACGUCCAAGUACGGCAGUCUGAUGGAAACCAGUGGUGGGAACUGUUUGACCAGAACAAUAACCGGUUCUAUUACUACAACUCUGUGACACAACAGACUGUAUGGCACCGCCCCAAAAACUGUGACAUCGUACCUCUGGCACAGCUGCAGGCCAUGAAACGAACUUCUGAAUCAGAGCUGAGGGGCUACGGGAGUAAGAGGGGCAGCACAGCGAGCAGUGAAGGCCGCCACACACCCUUGCACAUAGUUUGCCCUCCAACUUUACAAGAUGUAGAGGCUUCUGGGAAAGAAGGCAUUGUCAAGCCUAGAGGAGGUGACAGUUUGGAAAACAGAAAAGAUCAUGGGAGGGAUUCCCCUCUGAGAUGGCAGCCAGCUCCCGGUUCAAAGGCGGCAAUGCUGGUCAAAGUGAACAGCAUUGGGAAAAAACAAUUGGGGAGCUCUGUGAACUUGCUUCAGCAGAAUGGCAACAGCAGUUUGGGACAUUCUGUUGCGGGUAAAUUGCUGACAGGACAGUACCCCUCUCCGGAGAUGGAUAAAACUUCUGUCGUCAGUAAAACUGCUGGUGCUGCCUGUGAUUCGAAACAAGCCAUGCAAGUGAAAAAAACAGACAACGGUGGCUUCUGUAUAGUCAUGUCCAACAACAGUUCGCCCCCCACUUAUCAACAACCUCAACGGCCCCAGGUUGGCACACCACAGCCUGCCUCUCCCAAGUAUGCCUCUUCCCCUCCAAUAUAUGAUGAGCCUCCACUGGAUUCUCCAAUUUAUGAUGAGCCACCUGUAGAAAUGGAAGUGGAGGCAGGACAUCACGGACAGUCUGCAACCCGCUUUACCGCCAGCCACAACCAGCAGAAACAGGCGCCACAGCAAACUAAACUCCUUCCGCAUCCCGUUUCCCAGCUUCAGACCAAACACAAGAGGAAUGCUUCAGCAACAGAGUACAGCCCAGCAGGUAGAGAAUGCAUCAAGCACAUGAUCAACAUUGACUCGUCUGCUAAACCGCUGCCAUCCUCCCCAACUCACACUGGCACAUCUGACAGUUUGGCAGCUGCUGCAAAGUUUCAGGCCUCCCAAUCACAGAAAGACAGUGCUGAGAAGAAGCAUUCCUGGCGGAUUUUGGAAGCUAAUGUCCUAAAGAGCAUUGAAGCCCGCCAUAGUCGGCAAAAUAGCCUUGCCUCCCAAGAGUACCCUACUGUAGGCACUGUGAACUACCAGGAUUCUGGAUACUCUACUGGACCAUCUCCUAGCUUGAGAAGGAAGAAUCGGAGGAGGCAGAUGGUGGGAGGAAGCCAAGGAAGACCAGGCUCUGUGGGUAGCAGUGGAGAACUCUUUGCCCUCAAUGACAAGCUCAUGGCAGAGAUGAGGGCUGUGGUAGGAAGGUCUGCUGCCUCUCGGGGCAGCAAGGCCAGCCUCGACACUGAAAUGUCAGAAAAUUCAACUCCACAGGAUAGUAGUGGUGUGCGCUCACCUCUGGAUUCUCUAAAGAAGUAUAGUGCCCGUGUUGGCUCUAGGGAUGAUAUUUCAGCAAGUAAUCGGUCUCUGUAUCGCCCUGGCCAAGACUCAAACGUACGGACAAGCUACCACAGUGAUGCAGCCUCCCUUCCUCUCUCUCAGUCAGAGCUGCUUGGUCGUCAGAAACGAACAUAUGAGAAAGUGGAUUCACUGGAAAAGAGCAUUACGAGCCAGAUUAGCUUGUCUUCACCAGAGCCUAUCAGAUCACCAUCUCAGGCUGGAACACUGGAAUCCAAGGCAAAUCUGAAAAACCGUCAGCAGGCUGGCAACACACUGAACUCUGUGAGCACUAGCUAUCAGUUUCCUUAUGCUACUCUGUGCAAACCCCCAACUGAUGCCAACAUGGUAGACUGGGCUUCCAAGAACCUAAACAUGCACACUCAGGGCAUCUUCAGACGGAGGGUUUCCAUUGCCAACAUGCUUUCGUGGAACAGGGGAUCCAUCAAGAAACCUAUGCUGAUCACCAAUGACCGCACCGUAAAGAAGGAGGCCUGUGAGAUGUACAAGCUGGUUCAGAUCUACAUGGGGGACCGGCAGGCCCGCUUAGACCAUCGCCACGUGGCACUAGUCAUAGUCACAAAGUGUUGGACCAUGCAGGGCCUACGGGACGAACUGUACGUUCAGCUAGUCAGACAGACAACAGACAAUCUGUGCUUUCGUAGCCUGGCAGCAGGCUGGGAGCUGAUGGCCAUCAGUCUAGCUUUCUUUUCACCCUCACCCAAGUUCAGACGCUACCUAGAAGGCUACAUCCAGAGGCACCUGGACCCAAGUUCUGAUAAGAAAAUAAUGAGACAUAUCAAGGAACAGCAGGAAAUGAAGCACAAAAAGAAUUCCAAGUCAAGGAAGAAAAGGAAACAGAACACAGAGGAAGAAGAAGAGGAGGGCCUGCCAAUCAGCACAUACGCAAAAUACUGUUUUCGAAAAUUACAAAAGGUGGCCGUCACUGGUGGCAAAAAAGGUCUACGGAAGCCCACUCUUGAAGAAAUUGACCACUCCAAAAAUGCAAUUUUGACCCCCUCACUUUUUGGCAGUGCUUUAGAAGAGAUCAUGCAACGUCAGCAUGAAAUGUUCCCUAAUACCAAACUCCCUUGGGUACAGAUCCAGCUAUCUGAAUGUGUAUUAGCUCUGGGAGGUGCCCAGACAGAGGGCAUAUUCAGGGUACCUGGGGAUAUUGAUGAGGUGAAUGCCCUCAAGCUUCAAGUUGACCAGUGGAAGAUACCAGAUAACCUCUCUGACCCCAAUAUCCCAGCCUCCCUGUUGAAACUGUGGUACCGCGAGCUUGAAGAACCUCUGAUUCCUCAAAACUUUUACAAGCAGUGCAUCAGCAACUAUGAAAACCCAGAGGCUGCCAUCGAUGUGGUGCAGGCCCUGCCAGAGUUGAAUCGGCUAGUCCUCUGCUACCUCAUCCAUUUCUUACAGAUUUUCGCACAACCAGUAAAUGUGAGCAAAACCAAGAUGGAUGUCAACAACUUGGCCAUGGUGAUGGCUCCCAACUGCCUGCGCUGCCAGUCGGACGACCCGCGCAUCAUUUUUGAGAAUACAAGGAAGGAGAUGUCAUUCCUGCGCAUGCUCAUCGUGCAUCUAGACACAAGUUUCAUCACGGGAGUUGUCUGAUUGUGCAUCCAAACAAAUGUUCUGUCCGAUGCUAGCAAGCCUCACUGUGUUCUCUGCAUGCCCCUUGACAUCUUCAUUUGAUUUUUGUGUUCUUUUAGCAUUGUUUUUUUUGUUUUUUUGUUUUUUUAAUUUCUCUGUUCUGUUUUCUAUGAACGUAAGCUGUUUCUUUUUAAUUUAAUUUUAUUUAAUUUUAAAGGAUGCUAUUUUGUUUUAAUGUUAAUAUUUAACUAUUCUACUACUGGCAGCCGAAAUCUUGACACCUUACUAGACUAAUACAAAAUUUAAUGACAAAAAGCUUGUAUCUCAAAAUCCAAGAUAUUCCUCUGCUGGAUAAACGUCAUCAAACUGACUUACUGUAUGCUGGUUAAGUGGCUGUCUCUGUGAGAUAAUUACUUGGUCUCUCCUUUUUUUUUUUUUUGGAUUUCUGUUGGGUUCACAGCUUCUUAUCAUUUUAGGUCUUUUCCCGACUUUUGGUCAUCGCCGCCUUUCUUGCUGAACGAUACUGAUUUGCCUUCUAAGGCCGUCAUUCCGACUUUGUCUGCACUAAACAUGUAAACUCGUUUUCGCCCAGUGCUCGACCUCCUCAGGCUACUGUUACUCUGCUAUCCCCACUCGGUUUUCUGUGCACACCAUAACCUGAAUUUAAUAGUCAUGUGUUUUCCCUUUCAAUUUUUCAAUUAAGUUUUUAAAGAAUACUUCAUGGUGGCAACCUGCCUGUCACAUACCUCAGUUCGUUUAAAAAUGUCCAUUUUGUUUACUGGCUGACACUCUUGAAUCAUAACUUUUUUUUUGUUUUGGUUUUGUUACAUUUAGAAAAGCUAUCAUGUGUACAUUUUGUAAAUGAUACAGUUUGAAUAAUGUUAGAAAAAAAUCAGUUAGUAUGCAAAGAAAUGUCUGUAACUGAUACCGAAACUGCCUACACACACACACACUGCUCUUAAGCAUAGAUUAAUAAUAAAAAGAAAUAACUGUUUAUAAUUUUACAUAUGAAGUCAACGCUGUAUUUGCAUUUUUUUUGUACUUUGUACAGUUUUGUUUUUGUGUUUGUAAUUCCUUGAAAUAUCAAAUAAUCAUCCAAAACCAGCAUAGUACUUUAAAGAGGUUCUGCCAAGGUGUAACAUCGCCCAAAGGUCUGCACAUACUCUUAGUUAUUUUAACUGGUGCAAAGAGUACUUUUUUGAAAAAAAAAAAAAAUAGAAUUUCAAUUACUCACAUUUUUACCAAACAUACACCACCUUUCAUAUUGAGGAUGAUUUCUUUGUAAUUGAAAGAAAUGCCGUUUUAAAAUAUUGUCACUAAUUUGCUAAAUAAUGAAACGUCUAACGAUUGCAUGGGCAUAUGAAACUGGCGAUUAAAUCCUUAUCGAUUCAGCGGUGGCCGCUUGUGUACUCGCACACUUUAGCUCAGUGUGCAGUAGAUGGAGUCGUGUGUCCUCUCUCUCUCACACACACACACACACACACACUCACACCUCCAGCUGUUCUAUGGAUUAAAGCGCGUGGUUGUAUUUAGUUUGCGUUUGAUGGUUUUUUUUAUUGUGUAUGUGCCCGUGAGCUUAUGUGGUCCACACGCCAACACUGCUCCUCAGAAUAUCUGUCGUUGCAGAUCAGGUAGAUUUGGCAGGAAACUGCACAACCACACAGUCGCACAAGAAAUCUGGAAAGCAGACAUUGUGUGGAUGUGGUGCUUCUGGUGGCUCGCCGCCUGUUCCCCGAUGCUCUUUUGUUAUUUAUAGAUGUGGCUGGUCUGUGGUGCUCACUUAUAGCCUCACGUGUUCUGUCUCUUUCUCCUCCUGCCAGGACUUUAUGGUAAGCCAGUCAUGCUCCCUCUAACGAAUGGUUUAUUGUAAUCUUUUUUUUUUUUUUGCCUACUCUGGCCACAGCCCCAGCUUCCACCAUUAAAGCUAUGGUCUUAAAGAUAAAACUGUGUUUAUUUAUACAGGGCUUGGCUCCGCAGUGGCAGAUUUGGAUUUAGUUCUUGGAAGCCUCAAAGGAUUAAGGGGUGUGUUUCUUCCCUAUGCCUUUCUAUUGCUCUUAUGUAUAUUACGUUACAAUGCUCACAAUUGUCAGAUAUGAAAUUUUGUAUUGAUUGUAUUAUAAUAUAUAUAUAUAUUUUUACUUUAUAAUAUCGUGGCUUUCAGACUUGGCCUCCUCUUAACAAGCAUUUAUGUAUUUUCAUGAACUGACUCUCGGAAAGUGUGCUGCCUUUUCCUCUUUAAAUGACGUUUGAGUGAUUUCUAAAUUCAAUUACAACUUGACGUAAUUUGACAGAGUGUUGUUUCCAGCUAAGCUUGAACCCCCGUAUGUGUAGACUCCCAAGUUUGCUCCUGUGCAUGGGGGGCCAACAGUAGCACGUUUAAACUGUUCUGAUGUACACACAAAUAAACUCUGGGAGGAAAGCCUACAGUAGAGUGAGCCGUGCCUGAAUCAGUUACUCGCGUCAGGCUUUCCAUUUUCAUAAAGUAAUCACUAGCAAAAAAAAACCUCUCAGUCCAUUAUCUGUCAUUCUAAUGCAUUUCGUAACAUUGGAGGCUGAUCAUUCACUUGGCGCAACCAAUCUGCAUUUUGAAAAACCAUCUUGCAUGUGUUGCAUUUCAAAACUCAUUUCUGAAUUCUUUAAUUUGGCCCAGGCGUGUUAUUAAAUUUGCAAUGUUAACUUUUAAUGACAACGUAGAAGAAGGUAGCUCACCGACAAUCGCAGGCCUGCUAGCCGAGUUCGCACAACACAGCAGCAUCGGUCUGCUCAAUGCACAGCUCAGCACGUGCACAAGUUUGAGGUGUGGGUGGGCCGGUUUCUAGCGCAUGCCACAGAAGUGCCCCUCUUUAGAAUGUUGUACAUUGUAGCCAUAAACAAUAUAAAUUAUAACAUCUAAUUAAAGAUAAUGUUCUGAAAGAGAGAGAGAGAGAGAGAGGGGGUGUCAUAGGCUGCCUUUUGUGUUUUAAUACAAAGAAACCACUUUUUUUCAAUAUAUAUAUAUAUAUAUAUAUAUAUAUAUAUAUAUAUUUCUUCUUGUUUGUUUUUUUUAUUGUUUAUAACCUGUAUGAGUGUAAAAUCUUACCAAGGAGAUGUGUUGACAGCGUUUGCAAGUGUGAGAUUUUGUUAUGGACGACAA